GCUAAAGGGGGCGGGGAGGAGUCCCUGCUACUCCGCCGGAGCUGGGCCCUUAGGCCGGAGGAAGGGAAGGGAAGGGAGAGGAGAUGCGGGUGGCACCGGGGAGGCUCACUGGUUUCUUUCUCAGGAGUCGCCGGGCGCUGCGCCUAGCGCCCUGGGCCCCGCGGGACUUUGUUCCUCCGGUCGGAGCCAGGGCCAAGCGUGGGGUCGCGGAAGAGGAGGAGGACGAGCUAGAGCGACCCAUCCACUUCUCCUCCAGCAAGGCGAACCCGCGCCGUUGGACUGUGGAGCACUCCCUGGGCAGCGAUCGUCGCCGGCCCUGGUGGAAGGUCGUACCCUUGAGCGCGUCCCUGAUAGCGCUGGUCGUUUGGUGCUUCUUCAGGAAGGAGACCGACAUCGAUGGGUGGCUGACCCGAGGCUUGGAAGGGCAGUCGCCGGAAGCAGGUGUCGACCCCGAGCAGCCCGGAAGCCAGGCCGGCGCGGGUACUAGGACUUGAUGAAGGGCCUUCCAGACGCUGGGGGAAAGGUCUACCUCUGCCACCGAAUUCCUGUGUGAUUUUUGUCAAGCAACUUUCUCAUUUGGGUCUCGAUUUUCUCUUUUGUAAAAUGGAUAAGUUGGAGCAAAUGGAUCAUCAAAUCCCUGUCAGCUCCGACCUUCAGCCACUCAGGGAUUUAUUACAUCUAUUUUUUUUUUUUGGGGGGGGGAGGUUUUUUUGGGGGGGGUUAUCAGCUGUAUUGCCUAGUUUUGUUCCUGGAAUUUCAAUCUACUGGAACACGCUGGAUGUGGCCAGAAAUAUAGCUGUCUUCUUAAGAGUACAGACUCGGUGACAGCAAUAGACUAACCACCGAGGAAACUGCUUUUUGGCUCUCCCAAGCUUCCCAAUGAAACUUCUGAAAGCUCUUCUCAGGUCCCCUAGAAAUAUUGAUUUUAAUCAUUUUAGUAAUUAACAAUUGUGCUUUUGAAUGAAUUGGGGAUACGGAGUACAGUCCAGUAUUCAUUUGCAUGAAAAUGCCAUCCAUCUUGUUUUCAUAAAACAAUGUUAAAAUAAAUGUUACUUCUGUAGCAUUGAAAUAAAGUAAAUAAUUU